AUGACUUCUCGGGCUCUUGAGGAUAGAUUUCCUGCGCGUCCUGGUGACACUCGUCUUAAUGAUAGAUACAAAAUCGUACGGAAGGUGGGAACGGGCGUGUUUUCCGACACAUGGCUUGUCCAGGACGAGAAGCCCGACAUCGGUAAAUAUCACGCCGCGAAGAUCCUCACGAGAGAUGCGACGCGACGACACGAAUCAGGAGAGUCUCAAGAGCUGCAGUUUUUGAAGAAGAUCGCAGAAUGCGAAGACAUAGACGGCUUGCCCGUCCUCCGCGACGAUUUUGUGAUCUCUGGUCCUCGCGGGGACCAUAUGUGCUUCAUAAUGGAUCUGCUGAGCACGAACGUGUCUUCGCUACGUCUCCAGUCGCCCACCAAAUCCCUACCUUCUUAUCUCGUCAAGAAUAUCAUAUCCCUCACGCUCCAAGGGCUAAUGCAACUGCAUAGUCUCGAUAUAAUACACACAGAUGUUAAAACAGAUAAUAUCAUGGUCGGAGGUGUCGGCGACGACGCCCGUAUCGAAACAUUCUUGACCAGUGAACCUGUUGCUGUCGAAGGCGAGUUCGAACUGGACGGGGAGAAAUACCCUCUAUGCCGGCCGCAGCCCAUCCCACAUCAGUUCAGCUGGAAUUCGAGCCCUCACCACGCUGAGAUAAUCACAAUUACCCUGAUUGGUCUUGGCCAAGCUCAGUGGGCCGGCAAACAGCCGACGGUGGACCAGUUCAGCGCACCCUCCCUUCGUGCUCCCGAGAUCAUCUUGCAAUCGAGUUUUGGUCCAAAGCUCGACAUCUGGUCGAUAGGCUGUAUUACCUUCGAGCUCCUCACCGGCCGCUGGCUCUUCAAUCCAGAAGAGGGCGAAGACUGGACUGUCGAAGACGACCACCUCGCGAAAAUGAUGGAGCUCACCGGGGAGAGCUUUACGCCCGAGGUCCUUCAGCAUGCUCGAAGACGGCAAGACUUCUUCGACGACAGCGGCAAACUCCUUCGAAUCAGUGAAGUGUUCCCUGGAAGUUUGGAAUCAGCAUUGGGGAACUACAAGAUAUUGGACGAGAAGGAUAUAAAGCCCGCGGCGGAGUUCAUUCGCUCGUGUCUGCAUCUAGAUCCUUCCAAGAGGCCUUCCGCCGAGGAGCUACAGCUGGCCCCUUGGCUGGAGGACGCGUUUCAUUGCUGA